UAUCGCAUAAAUUGUUAGAAUAGGAUAUGAUAUAGAUGUCUGGAAAUCCACGAAGGUACUGAAGGUAGGUUUGUUUGUUUAAGGGAAAAAACUUGCGAUUACGAGGCCUCCUGACUAGUCAACCAAUUUGUCAUUUAUUACGAUGAACUAAGACGUGAGCCUUCGUGUACAUCCAUUAGUCGAUCAGCUGAGCUAUCAAUUAUAAAGGAUAGCAGGGUCUGAGAUAGAAUUCAGGAUAUGUGGCACGCAUUGUACUUCCACCUGACCUAAUCUAAGAAGGAGCGGCUCAUAUACUAGCUAGCAAUUCCAGCAAGCUUUUUCCAGGCUAAACAUGGCACAGCCCCUACCUGUGAAAGUACUUGAGGUUUGUCGAGUAGCUCCACCACCAGACUUACCAAACUUGGCCUCCCCAAGCUCUCUCCCUUUGACCUUCUUUGAUAUACUCUGGUUAAGAUUUCCACCGGUUGAACGUCUUUUCUUUUACGAAUUCUCUUCCUCUAACACACCCUUUUUCGAUUCCAUCAUUCCAAAACUCAGACACUUUCUUUCUCUCACCCUCCAACACUAUCUCCCUCUAGCAGGAAACCUUGUUUGGCCACAAGACUCUCACAAACCCUUCAUCAAAUACGUUGACGGUGAUGGAGUUUCGCUUACCAUAGCCGAGUCCAACAUGGACUUUUAUCAUCUAUCUGGCAACGGAUUUCGCGAAGCCACAGAAUGCCGUCCUCUUAUUCCCCACUUGGAAGAGUCCCAUGAACGAGUUGCUGUGGUGGCACUGCAGAUUACUCUGUUUCCAAACUCUGGCUUUUGCAUUGGAAUCACUUCCCACCACGCAGUUUUGGACGGUAAAACUUCAACUUCUUUUGUCAAGUCAUGGGCUUACAUAUGCAAUAAAAAUGGCCGAUCAGGAUCUGCAGACCCGCCACCAUCAUGGCCGUCAUUGCCACCGGAUCUUACGCCAUUCUAUGAUAGAGCAGCCAUUAAAGACCCUGCAGAACUCGAAGUGAUUUACUUGAAGGGGUGGCUAAAGCAAGGCGGACCCAAUAACAGAAGCCUAACGUUAAUGAAAGCUCAGGUUCAACCAAGUUUAGUCCGAGCCACUUUCGAAUUGAGUGGAGAGCAAAUACAAAAGUUGAGAAACUUUGUGUCUGCCGAUCAGAACAGAUCAAAGCAUCAAGUUCAACGUAUAUCGACGUUUUCGCUGGUAUUAGGCUACACAUUUGUAUGUCUACAGAGAGCUAUAGAGGCGAAAGAAAAGAAUGCCAUCCUUGGAUUCAGCGUCGACUCAAGGUCUCGGCUCAAACCUACAAUCCCUUCAACGUAUUUUGGAAACUGCAUAUCAGGCUGCAUAGUAGUUCCAGAGACUGAAAAGGUGUUAAGGGAAAAAUAUGGGGUAUGCUAUGUGGCGGAGGCAAUAAGUGAAUCUAUAAAAGGUCUUGAAAAUGGAGUCCUGAAUGGUGCGGAAACUUGGGUUUCAAUCAUCAAUCAGGCCAUGGAUCAGGGUGAAAGCAAACAGAGAAUGAUGAGUGUUGCAGGCUCACCUCGGUUUGAGGUUUACAGUACAGAUUUUGGGUUCGGAAGGCCAAGGAAGGUGGAGAUAGCUUCUAUUGAUAAAACAGAAGCAGUGAAUCUGUCCGAGAGCAGGAACGGGAAUGGCGGAGUUGAGAUUGGUUUGGUUUUAAACGUGCAACAAAUGAGAUCUUUUGCCUCUUUGUUUGCCAAAGUACUGGAAGAAGAAGUCCAUUGAAGUUCUGUGAUUCUGGUUGGUUUUUGUGUUGGGUAGCGAAUUUUUAUUUUCUAUUGACUUUGAGAAUUGUUUUGUUUCUUCUUUUCAAAUAAUAGUUGGGAUAAUAUAAGUUUGUCCUUAUUUCUCUGUGUA